GCGAACUACGCCAGCUCAUUAUCAUUCGUGAAUCUGGCCAAUCAGCGCGUGUGUUUACUCUCGCGGAGUUGAGAGGCACGAUCGGCGCCGGACAAGAGAAUCGCCGCUGCGAGACUCGAUUCGCGACUUCAGUGGCCUAUAAAGCCCGAGACCGGCGAGCGACAACUGCUUCAAUCGUAUGAGGGGAAUUAGGACUGAACCACUGAAAUAUGCUUUUUAAAAUAAGCGACAUCAUUGCUCUGAAUACUUUUCUUGAUUUCUAAUUAAAAUUAUUUAUUGUUAUGCAAGGAUAUAACAUACCAAAAAGAUGAUUGAGGACUUCAACCUGAGCAGGAGAGGCGAGCUUUCCACUAAAGCAAACGCAGACGGAUUACAGUACAUAGGUUUCAUCUGAUUUCCGCUUGAUUUUGGAUUAUAUCGGCUGUUUUCUUUGGAAUGGAGGGUCGUGAUUUCUCCGCUCCAGCACACCUCCUUUCAGAGCGGGCCACUCUAGUGCAUCGCGCCGCCUCUCGCAUCUCCUCCUCCGGCCACGGCUCUGUGCAACAUGCGCCUCAUUUUCCAGCCGGGAAAUAUUAUCCAUCUCACUUACCGAUGGCGGCGCAUUCAGGCAGUGGACUGAUGGGCAACUCUUCAGCCUCCUUCAUGGGGACGUUCCUGGCCAGCAGUCUAGGCUCCCCUCCCUCACACCCACCACACCCCUCCAGACCACCGUCUUCUCCCUCCUCUCCUCCUUAUCGUGGGGGUCCUCACUCCAGCGCCUCUCAGAUCUGGUUCCCCCACUCACAUGAAGCAGUCCCAGGUUAUCCUCGCUUCUCAGGGAGUCUAGCCCACACCUUUCUUCCCAUAAGCCAUUUGGAUCACCAUGCCAACAGUGGGGUCCUCUAUGGACAGCAUCGUUUCUAUGAUACACAAAAAGAGAACUUCUAUUUAAGAAGCCUCCCGUCCCAGCCCCCACUCAUCUCAGCCAAUCACAACAUCCAGCCAAUGUCAAGGACAGGAUCGGGACAACCCCAGGGCUCAUGCAGCAGGGACAGAGAUGCAGGAAGUGGGAUGAACCUACAAAAGGGUCUUAAAGAACCUAGCUUAGAGAGAGGUGUGGUUUCAUCUGCAAAAGAUAAAGACAGGCCUAGUAAUAAACAUGAUUCUAAAGACCGCCAUCAUCACCAACUACCCCAUCAUCACUCCCAUCAACCCCAGCUCCACCCACAACAUCCAGCCUCUAUGGAAGAGAUGAACAGCAGGGGACACAAAGCCACUCUGCCUAUGGAGUAUAAGGAACAUCCACAGAGCAUGGGAAAGCCUCUUAGUGCCUGUCUGCUCAAUGGAAAGAUGCUAAAUGGGGACCAUGGAACAGGGGCAAAAGGUUCCAUGACUACUUGCGGUGGGGAUGGGGUGGGUAGAGGUAAUGUAGGGUCCAAUAAUGUCCAAAACAGACACGUGGGUGGUGGCACUAACGGGCGCUGUGGAAAAGAGGCGAUAAGUGGGGAGAUGCGGAUCAGUGAACAGCCUCCUACAGACUGUCUGGAGCGAGGUCAGGCACUGCAGCAUUCUUUGCCCUACUCAGUGCCUCCUCCACUGCCCAUGGCUGCUGGAGGGGGGCAUCCAAGUGGCUUCCACUGUCUGCAGCUCCAUCCUGGCCACCCCCAUCACCCACACCAAAAUCGCCACACACACCAUCACCCUGACUUUUUCUGCCCUCCACCGCCAGCCCCUAUGGGAAAUCCUUCCUUGCACGAUAAAGGAAUCAAUAGUGGUGGCUGCAGAGACCCUAAAGUGACUGGAGCCACAUUUAUUCCAUCUGUUAGCCACCUUGGGGAGAAAACUGGAGGCCCCUUCCAGAUGGGCAGCUCUGAGUGCCAGGGGGUUGGGGGUGGAGGGAACAGUGUCAAGGACAAGGCCAUGGAAAAGACUGGCAAUGGGGCGCAUCAUGGUAACUGGCCCAGGAAACAACAGCAUCAACCUCCGACCCAGCAGCAGCAUCCCUACAGAAAAGCUGAAAAAGCUCCUGACUGGAUGCACAACCACAAUCACCACCAUCACCUACAGCAACAACAGCAGCAACAACAGCAGCAACAACAGCAGCAACAGCAGCAGCAGCAGCAAAGCCAUUCCCAGCAACACCAGACUGUGCGCUCCCGCAGUGCUGACUGCAUCAACAGUAUGGAAACAGACAUCUUCAGAUCUACACUGACUCAAGAGACAAAGACUGUUCAUCCUCUACCCAACCAAACCAACACCAAUUCCCAGCCCUACAGAGACUGCUCACACUCCGGGCCUCCAACCAUUCCCUCACCUCUUGCUGGGAAGACCAUGACUCAGCACACGGGUGGAGGAGGACAUGGAAGUUGCUCUAUGCAGCGAGAUGGACAGAAGGUUGCCCGCAUUCGCCACCAACAGCACAGUAGGGCUGGCCCCGAUACCCCAGGCACAGACAUGGCCCAGGCUAAUGGGAACCAGGAGAUGAAGCGGAAGAUGGAAAUGUCUCCUUACGCCUACAACAACAAUGUGCAGCAUCACCCACAUCAGCAGACAUCAGUGCCACCUUGGGCCAUGCAACCUCAUCACAUCCACUCUGAAGAGAACCAGCACAAAUCUUACAUGGAACCUAACAGUGGAGCUGCCAACAACAGACCGCCCACACAACAGCAGCACCAGACGGCAGGAAUGGGUCCUCCUCCUCCUCCUCCCCUUCAUCCAGCUCCUCCUCAAAAUCAGCAGGAGGUCACAAGCUCACAGGGAGAGAACAGUGCCAUGAAGAACCUUCUGAAGUACAGCAACCAGCAGCCUCUACUUCUGUCCCAGAAGAGCCCAUUUGGAGGGCUUGGGAACCUCAAAACAGCAGCUAAUGGCACCAGCUGCUCUAUACAGGGAGGCAAGCAGACCCUACCCUCCAGGAAAGGCCAAAGCCAUGAAAGCGAGCGAGCUGAUUGCGGUGGACGUGGCCGAGAGAUAGGAGAUGUCCCACAUGUAGAGGGGGAGGUGCGACAGCCUCCGGUAGGAAUUGCAGUUGCUGUGGCAAGACAGAGAGAACCUCCAUGCCAAGCAUCAGGCAGCCAUCCCAGCAGCCGACAGGGGCGGGUGCACUCCACCAUGAAAGGCACCCCACGCUCCAUGUAUCCUUCAGAUUCAACUGGAGAGGAGGAAAGGAAAAGGAUGAGCGUAGAACACAUGGGCCACCGGUGCCUAGAGAGAGAACGAGACGUGUAUAUCAGGGAUAACAAGGAAAGGGUGGAAUUUGCACACAUCCAUCCCUCAAACAGUUGCCAUGGUGACCUCACCUCUCACAUCAUGGUGCCAGGUGGCACUUCCAUGCAGUCGAGCCAAUUAGGAGACCCAGCUGCACAUACACACUCUGCUCACCACCACUGGAUGCCACGUACAGGAAGUCCCUCCCUUUGGAUGACAGGUCACUCCUACGGUAUUGGCCACACAGCUCUGCAUCAGAAUCUCCCUCCUGGGUUUUCUGCUGCUAUGCCUGCCCCUCUUCAGCCAGUUCUACCCCUGCCCCAGGACCCCUCCACCCAACUGGUGGUGCUGCCCAGUGAGCCUGCUACACACCCGGCUACUCACCUUGAUGUGAUGGAGCAGCCUGGCCUGUGGCCCCCAGUCUACAGGGCCCGAGGGGCCCACUCCCACAUGCAGCAUCCUGCUGUGUAUCCUCGCUCGCAGUUUCUACGGCAACAAGAGCUUUAUGCUCUCCAGCAACACCAGCAGCUGCAGCAUCAGCAACACCCCAGCCAUCACACGCCACCACCUCCAUCACACAGAGUAGCAAACAACAUAGAACUGCAGCAGAGAGCCGCAGCCGACCACAGCCAGGUGCAAAAGAAGCCAGAAGAACAGAGCAUGGAGCUAGAAGACAUUUUGUCUGACCCCAGGACUCCCAAACCUGCUAAGUGCUAUGCCUACGGCCCAUCCAACCGAGCUUCCUCACCUCCCAGGGGCUCCACUGCCCACUUGUCGCCCUGCUGCCAGUCCCCUUGUUUGCGGCCUCACCCUAAAAGCACACCCUCUACUCCCUGCCCCGCCCCAAGUCCAGUAGCUGCAACACCCCGCUCACCAGCCAUCAGCCCUUCUCCAUCACAGAUGCCUAAAACUGUUGAGUCCCAGGAAAAGAGAGUGGAAGGGCAGCCACCACAAGACUAUCCUCAAUCCAUGGAGCCUGAUCUACCACCUGGAUAUACCUAUCCAGAAAUCAACAUGGGAUAUAGGAAUAUCUCCACCACUCAAGAAGUAGAGCUGGCAGAGCCUGCUGAUCUGGAGGCUGUUCAGACUGAACCUGUUGAGCAUCCUCCUCCAGCUCUCUCCAGCUUGGGAGAGGGCCUAGAAUGUCAUGCAAUGGUGAGGCCACUCCAAGAACCACAAGAGCCAACAAUGGACGUUGAUGCCACUAGUCUAAUUGAAGAACAGCCUGAGGGUGUGUUUGUGCAAGGGGAGGAUGUCGAGACAGUCAUGGCCAUGGGUUGCUGUGAACCCAUAGAGGGUAAUCAGGAAAAGGAGCAUGCGGAGAUAAUUUGCACACCUGCUGAAGUUUCAGGCUGUGAAGUAGGACAGGUAACUUCCCUAUCGUCUGAGGAAGUAAUCCAUCAAGAAGAACCGAUUGUUACCUUUGAGGAAAAAGUGGGUGAAGAUAUACCUCCUCAAGAGAAUGAAGACAUUGACAGACUGAAGAAUCCAAUACCAAUACCACAACUAUGUGUCUCUGAUUAUUCACUCAACCAGCUGCCAAACACCACUGCCCAAGCAGAUGUUGCAGUGGUUGCUGAGGAAGAUGAAGAGAAAAACUGUGUGAAGGUUCCAUCUCCAACAACGACUAGCUGCUCCCAGAGUCUCACAUCAAGUUACUGGAGUUUGGAGCUCCUGAUUGCAGCAGCCUUCUGUGGGGACUGUCCUCCUCCCUCUCCACCUUCCCCUUACCAAUCCCAGAGAUACUGUGGCCCACUCAACUCCACCUAUCAUGGCAUGGAAUUGCUGAGUGAACUGGCUGAUCUGGAACUGCAACGGUAUCACCAAAGUUGUGGUAAAACUCAAGAAGAAGAUCAAUGGAUUUUUGACCUGCAGAGUCUUGCUACUUUGGCAGCAGCUCGUGCCCUUGAAUUGGGCUCACAGGAAAGCAGCACCACAGAUGCUGAGAAGCAGUUUCCUGCUCGAAGAACUCUCAACUUGCGCAGAAAAUGCAGCUGGACGCCUCGCCAUGAGCCGGUUUGCCCAGUGAAAGGUACCAUGGACAGUAUGGAUGGGCAGGAGUUGGCGAUGCGAGUGAGGCUAGCAGAGCUGCAACAGCGUUACAAAGAGAAGCAGAAAGAACUGGCCAAACUCCAGAGGAAGCAUGAUCACCAGAAAGAGGAGACUCCUCGCAGUCCAGCACGUCGCGGCCCUGGUAGACCACGCAAGCGCAAAUCAGUCCCUGGUCUUGGCUCCGGGGCCCUUAAUGAGCCCCAGAAAAAAGUAAAAUUGGUGGGGGCGGGGCUAAGUCCACUAGCAGAGGAGCACCGGGGAGGUGGAGAAUCGCAGAAGAAAAAGAAAAAAUUGUCCAGUCGAGGAUUUGGCCGCCUUAGCUCUACACAGAUGAAGUCACAGUGUUAUCGGAAGAACGGCACCCUUGAUCAACAAAUAACUCAACUCAAGCAGAAGGUCCCAGGUGGACGACAUUCAUCUGGAGCUGCGUCAAGAGACCCAGAGUUUUCCUCAGCAUCUAAGAGUCGGUACUCUGGCCAUAGUAACUCCAAAAGAGAUUCCACACAGCUCAGCACAGCCAAUGAGUCUGAGAGCCUGAGCGAUACAGCCACGAGUGGGGACAGCGGGACACAGGAGUGCUGGAAGAGGCACGAUCCAGUGGCAGUUAAAAAAGAAAGGAAGAAAAGUCCUGGAUCAGCAGGUUGUUUGCAGCAGCCAGGGACCAGGAUCCCGCAGGGCAGGGGACAGGAAGUGGAUGAGGACGGGGAGACGUCCCCCCCUGAGAGCGAGUCCUCUGAGCAAGAGGAAGAUGAAGAGGAAGGCAGUUAUGGUAGUGAGGAAGGCCAAGACAUCAAAGCACCGACGUUCAGAGAUCUGCCGUUCAGUCCGGCCAUUACAGGCCCCUCCUCUUUCUCCGUUGUCAAACUGGAAGCCAAUCAGAAGGCGAAAAUUAAGCGGGAACGACAAGAACUUUAUGGAUCUCAGUUUCGGGCUGUAACAGAUGGGGACGUGAAGGUAAAACGACGACCCACCUGUAGAUCCAUCCCAAUCACUGUCUCCAAACCACCAGGAGUCAGAAGACGACCAGGCAGGCCCAGACUGCAGGACAAACGAUGGCCGGGGAUCACGGGCAGGCCGGGUCAUUACAGAAAGAGUAGCAGUCUUCUCUCGUUUCCCAGCAGCAGCAGCAGCAGCAGUGAGAGGCUCAAGAGAGCCACUCGGAAGAGCUCCAUGCUGCGAGUAAGCAAUUCGAGGAGAACUUACUGGUCGACCGAGGCCCAGUCCCAAGACAGUGAUGAUAACGGCAGCACUCGGAGAACCAGACUUCGAGAGUCUAAAGGCCGAGCGGUCAGCCGUCUGAUGGAGAGCUUUGCAGCAGAUGAGGGCUUCCACCUGGGUGAGGACAGUAGCUUCUCAGAGGAGGAUGAGAGGAAGGUGUCAUCGAAUAGCAGAAGUGCUCCAGCUCCUCCGAACUGUGUUCUGACCAAAGAGCUCCUGACAGAUGGACUCAAAGUUCUGAUCUCCAAAGAAGAUGAACUACUGUAUGCUGCUCGUGUGCAACCCCUGGAGUCGCCUGAUGUCUACAGUAUUGUUAUCGAUGGGGAGAGAGGAAACCGACCCAGAAUCUACUCCCUGGAGCAACUCUUGCAGGAAGCUGUACUGGAUGUACGCCCUGACACUGAGGCUGUGCUAAAAGAAGGGACUAGAGUGUGUGCUUACUGGAGUGAGCGCUCACGUUGUCUUUACCCAGGAUAUGUGCGAAGGGGAGGCGAUGAAUCUAAACCUGGUGGAGUUAUGGUGGAGUUUGAUGAUGGAGAUAGAGGGUGGAUCUCUCUCUCCAAUAUUCGCUUUCUUCCUCCCGGUUACCAAAUCCAAUGUGCUGAUUUGAGACGUGGACUCAUCUCUGAGGGGCAGCUUGACAAAAAUAGCUCCAUGCAAGAAAACAAGAAUCUGAGCGAAAGGACAGCAAGAACAGACCGAUUCAAAACUCAGGAGAAGCCUGUCAGAAGACCAGGGAGGCCUAAAGGUUCAGGGCUAAAGAAGUCUCUCUCAGACAGUGUAGCCAAGAGCUCAGCACCUGCUGUGAUAUGGCCAUCAGUGGCUGCACCCAGGAAGAGAAUGCCUGUUAACUUUUUCCAGCUCAAUGGCUCAGCCUCGAAGAAGGCCUUGAAAGGCAGGGUGGUGGAAACAUCUUCUCGGCCUUCAGUCUCCAUGACGACACCAACCAAAGGCCUCUUUAGCAGUAGCUCCUUUGAGGUCGACUCCUUCAGCAGCAUAGCUAACGGUUAUUCAUCCUUUGGCAGCCAGACAUCUGUGAUUUCACUGGAGAGCAAGAGCAGUUCGUAUGGUCAUAAGAAGAGGACUGAGGAACCAGCACCAACUCGGGGCAAGAAAGCAGAAUUUCUAGUCAAAUUGGACCAUGAAGGAGUAACAUCUCCAAAGACUAAAAACAGUAAGGCUCUCCUGUUGCUGGGAGCCUCAGGAUUUGGCUCCAAUGGGGUGGGUGGUUUGCCCAGGGCAGAGGCUUAUUCACACCCAGUUCUGCUGGUCAAGGACAACAGGAAAGGAGACGGCUCCCGAGCAGAGCUCCUACUGAAAGGGACAACAGUCCAGAGGAAGCCCUCACCAGCAUUGCGCAUGAGUGAGUAUGGAGACUUGAACCUUGGCUGUCACAGGGAAUGUCAUAGCUCUUACUCAGACAUGGAUGAGGAAGAAGAAGAAGUGGAAAGGAGGACGGGCCGUGCUGCACUUGCUCCUGCCUCUGGAGGUUUGAGAACAGCCGGACGUUUUCUCUCACGCAUCUCAGUCUCCUCGUCUUCCUCAGGUUCUUCCAGCUCUUCCAGCUCAGGCUCUCUCUCAAGUUCCAGUCUGUGCUCUUCUGAAAAUGACUCAUCUUACAGCUCGGAGGAUGAGGAAAGCUCCACGCUGUUGCUCCAAAGCUGCUUGACCCCCCACCAUUCUUUGCUCCAGACCCCUGAAUCCCCUGUGGGACCCCCACGGCACUCCUUUGUGGCCAAAGCUGUGGCAGUGUCCAGUGCCAAAGGUGGGCAUGGCAACCACAGUACUAACAACAAGCCACAGAAGAGGAAAGAGUAUUCCAGUUCACUCUCCAAAACCCCUAAAGAUCUGGUUAAGAGGCAACGGCUUCUAUCAGACCAGACCAAACCCAGAGUGUCACCCAUCCUGCCAUCUAGACAGCUGUGGAGGUGGUCAGGAAACCCCACGCAACGCCGUGGACUUAAGGGAAAGGCCCGGAAGCUUUUCUACAAGGCCAUAGUGCGUGGGAAGGACAUGGUGCGGGUAGGAGACUGUGCUGUGUUCCUUUCAACUGGGCAGCCUCAUCUGCCGUUAAUCGGCCGCAUUGAGAGUUUCUGGGAAUCAUGGCAGAGCAGCAUGGUCGUGAAGGUCCAGUGGUUCUACCACCCCGAAGAGACCAAGCUUGGCAAGAGACAUCGUGAUGGCAAGCAUGCUCUGUACCAGUCAUGCCAUGAGGAUGAAAACGACGUCCAGACAAUCUCUCAUAAGUGUCAGGUGGUCACACGUGAGGAAUACGAGCGAUUGACCCACAACAGGAAGUCUGAAGGGAGCUAUCAUGACCUGUACUACCUGGCCGGCACUUACGACCCCACCAGUGGCCAGCUGCUCACUGCAGACGGGAUGUCUAUACUCUGUUAGCACUGGACUUGCAUGCCUACGUAUACUACUGAGCUGUCUUUGGUCCAAGUCAGAGAUGUUGCACUGCAAAUAAGAGGCUGGAAUUUCAGACAGAGGACCAGGAAGUAGACUACCACCCUCAUACCCACAAACUCGGUCUACUCUGGGGAGAUAUGUGCAUGCUCCUCCUAGCGAUACCUUACAGUACAGUAGAUGCAGUUUGUCCAUGGUCCUAAUUCUCUUCUGAGGUUUUCUAAUGGACAUAUUGUGGAUCUAAUUUUGUAUGAACCGUUACCUGAUCUUAGAUCACCAAAGCAAAACUCUUGGUUUGGAGAACAUGGCAGAUGUUUAUGAAGACUUGAGCCAUGUUGUAGGCAGUGGCAGUGUGGAGCGCUCUCCGCACGUCACUUUCAUGAUUCCAGGGAUAUUUAAGUACAUAUAGAUCUAAAUAUAUAUUAAGUUCAUUUAUGUAUAUAUAGGGAAGUAUUUCCUAUCAAGCCAUACACUUCAGUACCUCUUAACAUGUCUUUUUAUUCAGGUGUAUAUUGUACAGGACAGGUUGCUGGUGUUUUUUGUUUUUUUUUGUUUGUUUGUUUUUGGUGUUUUCUUUGUUGUUGUCUAUAUGUAAAUAUUCGAAGCUAUUUUAUAUAAGUGUAAUGUACAGAGGCUUAUCUUACCAUGUUCUAAUUGAUUUAUUUUUGUAUAAGUGGCUGAUAUAGUAGUUGUUGAUUUCUGUGAGAGGGUGGACUGAUGUUGUAUGUAUGCAUUGCACUGCACAGGGCCUGCUGAUACAGUGAGAGAGGAGUCGUCCCUGCCCUGCUUUCUCUCUCAGGGAGUGGGGUUACACAGGGCACCAUCCUUUUAUUGGCUGCACUUUGGGCAUUUGUUCCUCUAAUGUCUUACUUCAUUUUUUUUUUUUUUUUUUUUUGGUUGCUUAUGUUAGCAGACUCAAAACACUUUAAUGUUAAAACAAAGGGAAGAACGUACUGACACCUUAAAAUGGUUCUACAAAUUUGACAUUCAGUGACUAAAUUGAAUCAGUUUUAUAAAAAGUAAAAUGGUAAAACUCAAAGAAAGAUUAUAUUUCAUAAAAUCAUGAAGGGAUCACAAAGCCUGAUUUUAGGAGCAUUUAAACUGAUGCAUAGUGACAUUAAGCACAAUGUCAUUCUUAUUACCAUAAUACAGUAAUGAAAAUCAGAAGGUCUGCCUGGACACAAAGAUUUCUUGUUCUUGGCCUAAUUUGUGAGAUUCACCUUAAAUACUGGUAAAUAAUACUAGAAGGAGCUGAAAAAAUCUGAUGUGUUAUUACUGUAUCUGAUGCAUUUGUUUUUCUUUCAAAUGCAUCCUGCACUGUAUUUACAUAUUUCUUUGCUUUUCAACAAAGUUUUUACUGCAUUUUUAAAUUUAGCACCCAUCAAAAGGAGUAUUUCUAUUAAUGGCGAAAUACACCUGAUUCUUUAUCUUAGUAUACCAGGGUCAGGACACUAAAAGCAAGAGAUUGCUAGAGCACUAGGCACAGCUUGAGUUCAUAGAGAAGUUGGUGUACAGUCAGACUGUAGUCCAUGCACUCAUUUUUCACUGUGAGGGACAAUCGCAUUCAUGCAUGAAGGAGCAUCCACUGUUUGAAAGGCUCACACAAUCAUAGCAUUCUUCUUUUGUGCCAAAAAUAGUCAUUUCUAAUUAUGCAAUCUUCACUGUAUUGUACAAGUAUUAUUUUUUGAAUGUUGUUGUUUUAUCAUUAGUGUUUAUUUAUUGCCAGUGUUACUGUUUCAUUGCAAAACCAAUAGAUCAUGAUGAAGAUGUCUUAUUUGCUGGGAUCUAUUUGACCCAAAAGUGUCGUACUAACGUGCACAUGGCUUGAGCUACAGUCAGACCUUCACCUCUUGCCACCCCAUUAACAACAGCUUCAGCCCUGCAGGGGAAGUGACGUUGUUCACUGACCCUCUCCGUUUCCUGACCGUUCACCACCAUCCUUUCAGAAAUACAAAUGAACUUCUAGAGUCUCCCCAAUGCCACAUUUGGCCUUGUAAUUUGCAGAGAGCCUGAAAGAAAAGCAUAUGUGUGGUUAUAUGUUCGGAGUAGCACACUUUUCUUACUGCUGGAGUAUAUAGUAUGUAUACUGUGCACAGUAUCCAUAUUUUCUGUAUAGAGUACCUGGAUGAGCUACUACAUUGCCAAAAUGUGCGGUAUACGUAAAGCAUGGAAUUCUGUAUCCCACAAUGCAAUGCGCUCACCUUGACCUUCCAUGACGACCGAACAAGUAUCAGCUAUCUCUUUCCUGACUAAUUAUUUGAUCAAAAUGCCAAAUUUGAAUUACACAUAAAAUUUGACUUUUAUUUUCGAUGCUUUUUGCAAACUAGGCAGUAAACAGUAUAAACAGCACAGUAUUUACUAAGUAACACACUGCUAUUCCAUUUUGAACAUAGCCUGUACUUAUGACUUGUUCCCCCAUUAAUAGUUUGACAUCGUAUUUCCAGUAUGAUUUAUAUGUAGGAUGUUAGGAUUUGUUUAGAUUUGUUUAUUUAAAAAAAAAAAAAAAAACUCAUGUAAUCAGAGCAAGGUUUAUAUAAAAGGUCUGUGUGUUUGUGUGUGUAUGUGUGCCUUUUUGUACUCUGCCUUUAUGUUUGACUGUUUUGACAAAAGAGGGCACUGGAUAGAGUUGUGAAUGUACUUAGCAUACGUUAAGCAUGCUUAUUAUCCAAGGACCUGUCUGUAUGUCACACAGCUCUAGUGGUUACACACAGAUUCAGAGUUGCUGAUGGUUACAGUCUCCUUUUAAGUCAGGGGAGAAACUUAAUUAGUGUUCCCAAAUGAAGGUCAAAGGUGUUUUGUUGCGGAGGGAACAAGGGUAUUCAGGUCAGCACGUCUGAUAUGUUACAAGAGCAGGUCACUUGUUCAUGGCAAAGGUGCAAUACUACUUUGGCUAAAUAUUUGAACGGCACUCAGCAUUUCUAAGCUUUUUGCAAAGGCUGGUGGGUAACAGGAAGUGAUAAGGAGGACGCAGGAACGUCUGUCCUAUUAAGCAGCUUUCUUUAAAUGCCGCAAGGCAUGUACUUAAUAUUCCGCUUGUCCAAGAAUCUCUGAUAAAUGAGAUGUUAUAACUUUGUUAAAUGAAAAAUUAUGUAUAUCUUUAUAUGUUUAUUUUGUUCCAUUAUAUAUUUUUUGUCUCUCUUUGCUUUGAAACAUUGUAAAGAUUGUACAUGUGUAAAGUAAGGUUUGAUUUUGGGGUAAACAUUUUACAAAAAAAAAAAAAAAAAAGUACUUUACAAGUAUCAACUGUAAACGUGGUUUAGUAUUACAAUUUUUUAUAGAGGGCUUAUGAAUAAAUAUCACAUUAAAAAAUCUGUGGACUUUGAUUUAAUUUGAUUAAUUGGUGGAGUACUUCUACAACACUUUGGAUAAGACCAGGGAUAUUUAAUUAUUAUUAAAUAUUAAAUGUUUAAUUAUUAUUAAAUAGUUUUAAAAAGUAAAUGGGUCAGUUUUUAUUUCAAGUUGAGUUUAAAAGCCUGUUCACUUUCCUAAUAUAAAAUUGUGUGUGUGUGACAUAUGAGGAUACAAAUUUGUAUAAUGACAUGGGUAUGACAUAAGUAUUACAAGGAGAAGGUGACUUAUGAGGACAUUUCCCCAUGUCCCCAUUUUUCAAAAGGCUUAUAAAUCAUACAGAAUGAGUUUUUUCAAGAAAGUAAAAAUGCAGAAAGUUUCCUGUAAGGAGUAGGUUUAGGUGUAGGGUUGGUGUAGGGCGAUAGAAAAUACAGUUUGUACAAUAUAAAAACCAUUACGCCCAUGGAGAGUCCCCACAAUUCACAAAAACAAACGUGUGUGUGUGUGUGGUUCGGGUGGUUUAAAAUGUCCCCACAGUGAUAGUCAUACCUGAAAUCUUUGAUCUUAUGGGGACAAUUUCAGUCCCCAUGAGGAAAACAGCUUAUAAAUCAUGUUAAAUUAUGUUUUUAGAAAAUGAAGAAUGUUUUCUGUGAGGGUUGUGUUUAUGGUUAAUAUACAGUUUAUACAGUACAAUAAUCUAUGAAAGAGUGUAUGAAAAGAGUGUGUGUGGUUCAGGUAUUCACUGCGUUGUGGGGAUCAAAUGUCCUGACAAGGAUAGUAAAAACUGAAAUCUUUGACAUUGUGGGGGAAAAAUGUCCCCAUACUUAUAAAUCAUACUAAAUGUUUUUUUUGUUUUUUUAAAGGGGUCAUUGUAUGUGACAUGCACUUUUACAAGUUGUUUGAACUGAAAUGUGUGUUGGCAGUGUGUGUACACAACCACCAUUUUUUUCUUCCAAUCUCGUUAAAUCAUUUCCCCUUUCUCAAAUCAAGCCGUUCUCAGCUUCUUGGCUGUGUGACGUCACACAGACCCAGGCCCCUCCCACGAUUGUUGAUUGACACUGGUGUUUUUCCUUAGACCCGCCCUGAGUGAGCUGUCAUCAGUCCACCAUUGUUUUGACACCGGAGCAGAUGUAGACAAGAAUGACUCCUAAGCGAUUGAGGUGUUAUGUUGUUGGAUGUAAUGAUGAUCAUAGCGCAGUCGUCAUUUACUCCCGACCUCUGAGCCGCUGAAGACGCAGAGGAUUACUUUUGUCUCUGAAGGGAAUGCGACCCCCGAUCUACCUAAAUGCGUUUAUGUUCACACAAAUCAUUCGUCAGCCUCACCUACAGAAGAAGUGAGUAUAAGGUUUUUUAUGAAUCUUUGCAAAUCGCCUUUCCUAAUAAUGUGCUAGUUAGCAAAUUUCACAAUGAAUGCGGCUAAAGUAAACCAUCCCUCAGAGAGCGGCUCGGAAAAGAGGGGUGUGGUGAGCAGAGCUCAUUAUCAUUUAAAGCAACAUGCAACAAAACGGAUUGCUCUGAAAAGAGCUGUUUUUGAUAGGGUAAAAAGGGUGUUGUUUUACACUACCAUUGAGAAAUUUUAGCCAAUGUGGAAAAUGGGCAUCCAAUAUCUCCUUUAAUCGCCCGCGGCUAAAAAUAACUAUUGUUCUUAAAUGUUCUUAAACAGCUGUUCAAAAGUUGUAAAGCGGAGAUUUCGUGAGAUAUCGCAUUUGAGUCAUUUGGCUAUUCAGAGGCUCCGUAGUAUACGUGAUUACGUCAUCACAUUUUGACAACAUUGAUUCGUCAUUGAUUGACACAGAAACUAUUGUUGACGCUUAGUCCUACCCCCAUGCCCAGUUUGGUUCAAACUGUCCCAUAUUCAACCAAUAAACAUAGGUUUUGGUCUUUUGAACCACUGUUUAGGAUUUUUCAUUGUAAAUUUUAAUGAACGCAAAGUGAAAGUAAAGUCUGUCGCGCAUGCAUGAAAACAAACACAAAAUAACACAUUUGCAUAAGAGAACUCUGAAAAAUCACAGAAAAACACAAGAAUGAGUACUUUGACAUAGAACAAACCAAAAACAAGGAUGAAACAUAUCGGAAAAAGCACUGGAAUUCAUGUCUUCGCGUCGCUAGGUGAUGUCUCGGUAAAAUCGAUUCUGAGGCAGAGUACAGCGGAUCGAUCCAUUUAUAUUAUUUAUAUUGUGUAAACAAUAAUUAUAUAGUUCAUAAAGAUCAUUUUCACUCUUUUUUCUGUUGCACUCUGUAUAUUUCUCACUCAUUUUGUGAAUCAUUUGCACUGUUUGUAUUUUUGUUGCAGAAGAAUUUGUGCAAUUGUUUUUACUAUUCGCUGCACGGUUUGUGUUUGUUGUUGUUCAUACUCAGAUUGAAAAUAUAUUUCUCUGAAAAAAGUCACUUUUUUACUGUGUUUUGUUAUUAUAUAACACUGAUUCCAUUUUCUUUACUCCCUAAACGUUUUUUAUAUACAGUAGAUAUUGACACAUCUAUAUUGUUAGUAAAUUAUAUAGACCUGUUUUUUCACUGAAAAUCGCUUAUAACAAUAUAGUAAUAAAUGGCUAUGAUUUGCUUGGGAAAUGUUAUAUGUAGACAAAAUUUUAUUUGGAAGUGUAAAACACCCAGAUACAACUUUCUAAAGAAAAAAAAAAUUCAGUUUGAGUACACAGUAAAAAAACACCCAAUUGUUGCUUGAGUUUUUCUUAAAAUUCUGGAAAUUCAUUCAUUCUUAGAGAAAACAAAAGUAAAAUUGGGACUUUAAAUUAUCUAGACUGAAACUUCAAGUUCUCUUUGUCUUACCGAUCCCUAUGGAGCUUCCUGGUAGGAGGGGCCGGCCAGCAAACAGGAAGCCAUAUUUAUUCCAUCCAUGGGAGGGGAGGAGUUUAUUCACUGAGAAUGGGGAGAAUGUUAAGUGAAGAUUAGUCCAAGUAGAUGGUAACUGAAAAAGGAUCAUCAUUGGACCGUGGGAAUUGAGGGGAGGAGCCUCCCUUAUAAAAGCCUAACUGUUUGGUAAAGAAGGGAGAGGGUGGACAAGACUGAGUUUUAGUUGGACUAGUCGCCAACGGUUUCUUGUCAAUAUGUAAAGUGCCAAUCCUUUGUGUAAGUUUUCUUUUUGAUUUUGUUUCAUUUGGUACUUUGUUUUGUUUUUUUCCCAUUUUUGUUU